CAUCGCCCUCUUCCAAGCUGUUUCGUUUUCCCUUCGCCAGUUCCUGUCAAGCGGAGCUGCGGUCACGUGAUCCGAGGGCUUACUUCUCCUUCUUCUCCGAGCUCUUUUAAAAGAUAUAAAAUCAUGCUUUUAAUUCUGCGUUGUGCUGAAUCGGCCCAUGCAUCGUGCGGGCGGCGAGGGCUCGCUUUGCGGCCAGGUAGCGACACGAGGACGCUGCUCGGCGGCUGUCACGUGAUCCGCACGCGGCUGUGCCUGCGAGGUAAAGAUGGCGACGGUCGAGUAGGAAGCGACUGAAUGAGGGAGCAGAUACCCGAAAUCCGCAGCAGUGACCGGAGACUAGAAAGCAGAGAAGUACGUGCCGUGUGAGGGCAGCGGGGGCUUGAUAUGGUCGCUAAGAAUCUCUGGACCUUGUUGGAAUAAGAAAUAAUACGACCUGCGCCGUGGGAGCAUUACAAAUUAGUGUGUUUUGUUUUGACGCUGUUACGGUGACUGAGCAUAACCCACACAAACACACACACACACACACAAACACACACACACACCAGAAGGAUUGAGUCUUUCUCCAGCACAAGAGACGUGUCUCAGCAGCAGCAUUGUUACAGACAGCCCGGGGCUGAGCGACGUUGGCUCAGUGUUUCUGCGUUGUGAAACACAAACCCUCAACAAAACACAGUUCAUAUCCCGAUGCUGGCUUUUCUAAAUGGCUGAGUGGAACUUGUUUUGAAGUAAAGACCUAUCAUUUUGAGGAUACAGUUGUCCGCUCAUGAUGAUGGAUCCAGGUCAAGACCUGUUACUUGCUGCUCUGAGCGAGAGUGGAAUCAGUCCAAAUGAUCUCUUUGAUAUUGGUCCGCUGGAUCCUGGAUUGGGGGCUCCCUUGCCAUCUGUUGGUAAUCAACAGUCAGUACCAAUUAGUGCAUUGGAACAAGACUUGGGAGCAGGACCAGCAGUAACAGUGAAGCAGGGACCAGUUCUUCCACCUACUCCAACGGUGACUGUUAGGAAGCCGCAACCCUCCACCACAACAUUUGUUUUGAAUCAGCUGAAUCAGCUCCCAUCUCUGGGAACAAUAGUUGUGACCAAGCCUUCUGGCACAACAUCCAGACAGACUGUCACGGUGACAAAAAUUGUUCACACCUCUGCGACAACGCAGCCAUCCUACACAAGUCCAGUAAUGCGCACUACACUGACCACACCUGGCAAGGACCAGAUUCAACUAAAAGACCUCCUUAGAAACAGCAGUCUCAAUGAACUGAUGAAACUUAAGCCACCUUCAAAUAUUGCUCAACCAGUAGCAACAGCUGCCACUGAUCUAAAUAAUGGUGUAAAGAAGGAAGUCUCGAACAAAGAUGUUGCACGAAUCUGGAUUAAUGAUGACAUUAAAAUGCGGAGCUUUUCGCCUACUAACAAAAUACCAGGAAUAAAAGAGGAAGAGGAACCAGAUGAGGAGGAUGAGGAGGAGCUUGGCCACGCAGAAACAUAUGCUGAAUACAUGCCAAUGAAAUUGAAAGUUGGUCUGCGUCAUCCUGACCCAGUCGUUGAGACAAGUUCAUUGUCCAGUGUUUCUCCACCUGAUGUGUGGUACAGGUUGUCUUUAUCUGAGGAGAUUAUUGAUAGAGGAUGGCUUUCGGCAUUGCAGCUUGAAGCAAUUACAUACACAGCACAGCAACAUGAAACGUUCCUUCCAAAUGGAGACAGAGCUGCCUAUUUAAUAGGUGAUGGAGCUGGCGUAGGGAAAGGGAGAACCAUUGCAGGCAUCAUCCACGAGAAUUACAUUUUGGGCAGGAAAAGGGCACUCUGGUUUAGUGUUUCCAAUGACUUGAAGUAUGAUGCUGAAAGAGAUUUGAGAGACAUUGGAGCCAAAAAUAUCCAGGUCCAUUCACUGAAUAAGUUUAAAUAUGGGAAGAUUUCUUCCAAACACAAUGGAAGUGUGAAGAAAGGUGUAAUUUUUGCCACUUACUCAUCUCUGAUUGGUGAAAGUCAGUCUGGUGGAAAAUACAAGACCAGAUUUAAACAGCUUCUUCAUUGGUGUGGUGAAGAUUUUGAUGGAGUUAUUGUGUUUGAUGAAUGCCACAAAGCUAAAAAUGUAUGUCCAAUUGGGAAUUCGAAACCUACCAAGACUGGGUUAGCUGUCUUAGAACUGCAAAAUAAACUGCCAAAAGCAAGGGUGGUGUAUGCGAGUGCUACAGGUGCCUCUGAGCCACGGAACAUGGCAUAUAUGAAUCGUCUUGGAAUUUGGGGUGAAGGAACUCCCUUCAAGGAGUUCAGCAAUUUCAUUCAAGCUGUGGAGAGAAGAGGGGUUGGUGCCAUGGAAAUUGUUGCCAUGGAUAUGAAGCUACGUGGAAUGUACAUUGCAAGACAGCUGAGCUUUUCAGGUGUGACCUUCAAGAUCGAGGAAGUUCCUCUGACCCAAGACUAUGUCAAGAUGUAUAACAAGGCUGUUCAUUUGUGGGUUGCAGCCAGAGAGAAGUUCCAGCUGGCAGCAAACCUCAUGGAUGCAGAGCAACGGAUGAAGAAGUCUAUGUGGGGGCAGUUCUGGUCGGCACACCAAAGGUUCUUCAAAUAUCUCUGUAUAGCAUCGAAAGUGAAAAGAGUUGUGCAACUUGCUCGAGAAGAAAUAAAAAACGGAAAGUGUGUAGUUAUUGGUCUUCAGUCCACUGGAGAAGCCCGCACACUAGAAGCACUGGAAGAGGGAGGAGGGGAGCUAAAUGACUUUGUUUCCACAGCGAAGGGAGUGCUACAGUCCCUGGUAGAGAAACAUUUCCCAGCACCCGACAGACAAAAGCUGUUUAGCUUAUUGGGAAUUGAUUUAUCAGCUCAGAAAACUCCAUCUCCCAAUGACUGUUCCUCUACAGACAAUAAGGGAAAGAAACGGAAAGGCCAAGACACAAAAAAGGAAGCAAAGAAGCCUCGCAAGUCUGGAGGACUUGGGGGCAGCAGUUCUGAUGAAAGUGACAGCGACUCUGCUUCUGCAAAGGAAGCUGAAAGUGACAAUGACAGUUUCAAGUCUGUCAGCUCUGGUGAGGAUGAUGAAGAUGACUUCAAUCCUUUCAGAGAUGAAUCCAGUGAGGACGAUGAAGAUGAUCCUUGGCUAAUAAGAAAAGAUCACAAGAAAACUAAAGACAAGAAGAAUAAAAAGAAAAAGAAAAAUAUAGAUCCAGAUUCUAUCCACAGUGCCUUAUUAGCAUCUGGUCUUGGCUCAAAACGACCUGCUUUUUCAACUCCUGUUGUUAACACUACGAGCAGUGCACCUUCCAUUGCAAAAAAAGACAGUGAAAGUAGCAGCUGUGUAACUAGCCAGGAUGCUGUUGAAAGUGCCCAGCAGAUGAAACGAGAGCUGCUAGACAAACUGGAGAAGCUUGCUGAAGAUCUGCCUCCCAACACACUCGAUGAACUUAUUGAUGAACUUGGAGGUCCAGAUAAUGUGGCAGAGAUGACUGGGCGUAAGGGCAGAGUUGUGAGUAAUGAUGACGGAAGCAUAUCCUAUGAAUCAAGAUCAGAGCUUGAUGUUCCGGUAGAAAUCCUGAAUAUCACAGAGAAACAGAGGUUCAUGGAUGGAGAGAAGAACAUUGCCAUAAUAUCAGAAGCUGCAAGUUCUGGUAUCUCCUUGCAAGCAGACCGGAGAGUUAAAAACCAAAGGAGACGAGUGCACAUGACUUUGGAGUUGCCCUGGAGUGCUGAUAGAGCCAUUCAGCAGUUUGGACGAACACACAGAUCAAACCAGGUGACUGCUCCAGAGUACGUGUUCCUCAUAUCCGAGCUCGCUGGAGAACAGAGAUUUGCAUCAAUUGUGGCCAAAAGGCUUGAGAGUUUGGGAGCCCUUACACAUGGUGAUAGGAGAGCCACCGAAUCCAGAGACCUAAGCAGAUUCAAUUUUGACAAUAAGUAUGGUAGAAGUGCUCUGGAAAUUGUGAUGAAGUCCAUUGUAAACUUGGAUUUCCCAAUAGUGUCACCCCCUGCUAACUUUGAUGGAGAUUUCUUUAAAGAAAUUCGUCAUGGGUUGAUUGGUGUUGGAUUAAUAAAUGUGGAAGAUCGUUCAGGAAUCCUCAUGUUGGAUAAAGAUUAUAACAACAUUGGCAAGUUCUUGAAUCGAAUUCUUGGAAUGGAGGUCCAACAACAGAAUGCACUCUUUCAGUAUUUCUCUGACACAUUAAGUGCUGUAAUUCAGAAUGCCAAAAAGAAUGGUCGAUAUGAUAUGGGUAUAUUGGAUCUUGGCUCUGGGGAUGAGAAGGUGAGGAAAGUAGAAUCCAAGAAGUUUCUUACUCCAGGAUAUUCUACCUCAGGACAUGUGGAAUUGUAUACAGUAAGUGUCGAGAGAGGUAUGUCUUGGGAGGAGUCCACCAGAGUUUGGGCUGAGCAAUCGGGACCAGAUGAUGGAUUUUAUAUACAGAUAAGGAACAACAAAAAGACUGCAAUCCUUGUUAAGGAAGUUAAUGCCAAAAAGAGGUUGUUUCUGGUGUAUAGACCAAACACAGGAAAACAGCUCAAACUGGAGGUCUAUGCAGACAUUAAGAAGAAAUGCAAGAAGGUACUUUCUGAAGAUGCCAAGCAACAUUGGAUAGAUCAGUACAAUUCAUCAGCAGACACAUGUUCCCAUGCCUAUUGGCGAGGCAAUUGCAAAAAGGCAUCCGUAGGACUGCAAUGUGAAAUUGGUCUACGCUGCCGAACGUACUUUGUGCUUUGUGGUUCGGUACUGAGUGUCUGGACUAAAGUUGAGGGUGUUCUAGCCUCAGUGAGUGGAACUAAUGUGAAAAUGCAGAUUGUUCGGUUAAGAACAGAAGAUGGACAGAGGAUUGUGGGUUUGAUCAUUCCUGCAAAUUGCGUGGCUCCGUUAACGAACAUCCUUUCCUCCUCGGAUCAGUCUCAGCAGCUAGCAGUGCAGCAGCAGCAGAUGUGGCAACAGCUUCAUCCACAGAGCAUUAACCACUUCAGCAACACAUAGCAGCUGCUGCAGGCUCACAUAAGUGGACACAAUACAAACUUGAAUUUAGCAGCAUGCUCUAUGAGCACAACAGUGUGGUUGUCAUUUGGAAAAUGUCAGGGUUCUUGUCCAAAGAAUAUUGUAGAAAUUUGAAGUUCCCUGGAAUACAUUUUCCACUUCAGUGAAGAACUGAAGAAGCCUGUCCAGAAGAGAAGAAAUCUGUGUACAAGGAAAAGAUCUUUCUACCCCUCUAUUCCUUCUCUUCAUAUAAUGUGCUUUUUUUUUUACUGGCUUCUGCUCAUAAACUACAGGUUCUGUAUUUUAUGCAAGUGAAGUGAGUGGACUUACCUGGUUCCUUUAUAUGACCUGCUAUUAUUACAGUGCUCAGGGGUUAUUGUUUAAAAAAAAAAAAAAAAAGCACUUUGUUUGAUUCUGUGACCUUGCUGGGAAUAUGUCUUGCAAUGCAUGUUUUAACUACCCCCCCCCCCCCCCCGUAAUGUGCUGGUGCAAAUAUUUUUUUCCAAAGCAUGAAGUCACAAAUUGUGCAUUCAUUCCCAGUUUUUUCAGUAAGCAUGUCUUAUGAACAUGCGCUUGUAGAAGGUAACAGAAGCUGAAACUGCGCUUCAGAUGGUGUGUGUGUAUAGAACAGGGUUUAAGUUUGCAAAUUGUUACGCUUAAGUAGUACUUAACACUUUUGAACAUUUAAGUUCAACAUGGAUUGAGGAUCAUAAAUAACUUCCAGUAUGGAUGUUCAAGCAUCCUUUUUUUGUUUUUAAUAUUUUUUAUUUUUUGUACAAAGGUUUACUUUUUGUUUUUGUAUUUUUUUUUUUAAUACAAAGUGUCUGAAGACUGGAAUGUUGUCAUUACGCGAGGCCACUACACAAUCACCUGCUCUUCCCUUAAGUUUUUGCUUAAUUAGUGCGUUAGAUAUUUAAAUAUUUGGUGCUCCUUUGAACUGCAUUCUGUACAGGACAUACCCCUUGAUCGUGGGACACACUUGAGAGUAUUGUGCUGUGUAAAAGCUUUUCAUUUAACAAUUCCUGCUAAAUAGGUCACAGUAAAGGAGCACAGUUUCUUAAGAUGGUAUGAAUACUGUACAAAUGUGUAAAAAUACGUAUCUUAAAUAUGACAUUGUUUUGCUUAAGUAACAGUGAUGUUUAUACAGUAUAUAAAAACAAAGUGAAGGACAAUGUUUGUCAUUUCAUGCUUGCACGAGUGCACUACUGAAACAGAUUCAUUGUAUAUAAUAAAAUGUAAAACGUGUU